AUGCUAAAAGUGAACCGGCCAAACAACAGUGACAGAAAAAGUACUGUGAAAACAUAUGCAUUAAUGCUGGAGAAAUCAAAGGAGAAGAAAGGGGUCAAAGACUUCGCAGCUGCCUGCCGGGCACGGCAGACACGGAACGGGCACCGUGGACAUCCAGGGCAUUUUGCCAGAGAUGCUCAGGAGAAGUGGCCGAGUUUUAGCUGCAGGGUCCCCGUGGCACUCGCCGUCCUUGGGCAUUUUGGCCCAGGUGCAGGCGGACACGGGCCUAGGCCUGGUGCGGGGCUGCGGGUGACACUGUGGGGCAGCAGAGCUGGGGACAUGCAUGUCAGGGACACCCGUGUUCUGGGCAGUGGUGCUGGGGACAUGCAUGUCGUGGGCAGCGGUGCAGGGGACACCCCCUACGACGCCAUUGGGGACCUCUUUGCAGAUCAGCCCCGGCAGGAUCUAGAUCCUGUGAUGGACCUGUUGGCGCUCUAUCAGGGGCAUUUGGCCAACUUCCCAGACAUCAUCCAUGUCCAGAAAGGAGCCCUUACCAAAGUGAAGGAGAGCAAGCGGCACGUGGAAGAAGGGAAGAUGGAGCUCCAGAAAGCAGAGGGCAUUCAAGAACGCUGUAACAUUAUUUCUUUUGCAACCCUAGCAGAAAUUAAUCAUUUCCACAAAAUCCGUGUAAGGGACUUUAAAUCACAGAUGCAACAUUUCUUGCAACAGCAAAUACUUUUUUUUCAAAAAGUGACACAAAAGUUGGAAGAAGCCCUUCACAAGUAUGACAGUGUUUAAUCUCUGAACUUCCAUCUGUGAACUUUCCUCAGUAUGAAAAUGACUUCAGCAGCACGUUGCUGCUGUUAAGAAAAUAUUGCCAGUGGUAGGUGGUGGUACGAGGAUGGUCUUGUGUUCACCUGGAAUCCCAGUUUAACCUGAUUAUGUAGAAAAGAAACCGCUGUAUGGCUAUGUAGUAGAAACAGUACCACGCAUUGUAACUAAGUUAUACUGUGUAUGCGACACUACCAUUGUAACUUUUUUGAAAUAAUGAGUAUACUAUUUGCCUUAUUGCUUUUUGAAGUAUGGUAUUUUAGUGCGUACUUUGUAGACCUCAAAACCCUUUGGGUCUUUCAGGAAGCUGGCUAGAGAAGAACGCCUGCUUCAGAUGCCUUUUUACUCUCCUAGAUUUGGAUUUCCUAAAUUCAAACAAUUCUCUGUUUACAGAUUCCUGCUAGAGCAGCUAUGUGAUUCUGUGCCUUUAGACUCUAUUUUUUCCUUUUUUUAGUAAGUCACAUUUUUAUGAUUGAAUGAAUGAAGGGUUGAUGCCUAUGACAGAAACUGAUUAUGAAACCUCAUAUUGAAUGGAAAGAAAUCAGCUGCCUUCUAGUUUUCACAGCAAGUUCUGUCUUUCAACAAAUAUUGGCUCAAAAAAGAGAAUUUAAAAUACAUUCACACCUUCCCUGAAAAUGGAGACUUCUUGUUACAUGUACUAGGAUCUUAAGCACAUCUACAAAAAUACAACACCACUAAAUCCCCUUUCCUGAAAGAAUAUUAUAUUGAGAGGUUUUGUGAUACAAAACAUUAGUGUGAGUGAAAACUUGAAGAGCUAGCCUA